AAUAAAAGGUCUAUAUGGCAGCCCGCCGUUGCUCGUCUCAUUUUCCGUAUACCUUUUCCCCCCACUGCCUUCGCUCCUUGAGACUGUUUUGAAUAAAUAUAGCAUUGUCAAUUGAGAAGGUGAGGCCUUGUAGUAAAUAACUGAACGGCUGUAUUGUAUUUCUUUUCUUUUAUCUAAUAAGGAUUAUAUUUAUUAAGGUCUGUACUUCAUAAAUUACUUUAAUAGCAGUAAUAAUCAUAGACUUGAACUUAAAUAAUAAACAAUUUGUAGAAACUGUGUCAUUGGAGCAAAAGAAAAAGAGAGAGCAUUUUCUUAUAUAUCUAUAUUUUAGUAUAUAUGUAUACAGUAUAAUAUCUGUGCUUAUUGUAUAUUUAUAUAAAUACUACAUAGCGUAUAUUAGUAGAAUAAGUAAAACACAACCCAUAUAUGAAUUGAUUCUUUACCAUUGAUUCACUUUAUUCAAGGAUCUGCUCUCAUCGUGAAUGAAUAUAUAUCUUACACAUUUGACAAUGAAAUUGGCUAAAGGCCUAUGUGGUAGCUUUAAUGCUUUAUUCUGUUUUUCCCUCUUUAUUUCUCUUCACAAAAGUUUUUACUCUAUUUGAACAUUUUAACUCGACCACGCGAAUUUUACUUCUAUUAUAUAUGUACCCGCCCGAACUAGCUUUCACCUUUCUUUUAAUAUAUACUCUUAACCGAAAUUUGAACAGGGCAGAUGUUUGAAUAAGAUAAUAGAACGCAUAUAUUUACAAAGAAAUUCCUCUGUAGAUUCUGUAAUAUUGACUUUGGUAAGCGUAAAGUUCGUUCAUGAAUUGAAGUGUAGUUUUAUUAUACAAUACAUAUAUACAUAUAUGAUAUAUUCUUACUACUAUUGUAUAUUAACUAACUUAGCCCUUUAUCCAAAUAGCCUCAAGACAUCCAGCUAUGGAAGAGUGUUAUGAUAGGGGAAAAGAAUGCUUGAACAAGUAUCAAUUAGGGAAGGCUGAACAAAACUUUCUCGAUGUUCUUCGUCAAUGUGAUAUUACUAAAAAGAGAUCUAGAGUUCUAUACGUUCACUCUAUUCUUCACUUGGCAUUUAUAUAUCAUAGAGCUUCCAAGUCUUCUUCCUGUACGCCCACUCGUGCUUUUUUCCAUCAAUUACAUGCUUCCAGUUUACUACGAGGAAUUUUGGAAUUUGACGAGUGGGAUGGCAACACCUUCCAAAAAGAACGUUCAAAGAAACUACUUGAAGAAUUAGAGGGUAAUUUAUGUGAAGUUGUGCGGGGCAAGUUUGAGCAGAGUAUAGAAGAUAAACAAUGGUUAUAUAAAUUUAAAGAGUUUGUUAAUGAACAAAUGAAGAAAUCACAAAUUAUUGAAGCCGAAAUUGAGAUAAUUGUUGAACCUUCUCCAGAAAUUGAAAUUCUACCUCUUGCUCCAAAGCCUAUGGAGACUCCCCCUCCAGAUAAAAUGAUUAAGGUUGAUAAAGUGCAAGGUGCAAUUAAAGCUCUAGUUAAUGAAAUUCUGCUGGAUAGACAAAGAAAGCGUCUUUUACAACGUUUACAUAAAAAAUUCGGCAGAAGAAACGAAAGGUUAGCACUCUCAUAUUCCUUACCGGAUCUUACAGAAAUCCCGGAAAUCCGGGAUAUUCUUGAAGCGGAAAACGGUGCUAACAGUGAAGAAGACGAAACUACUGAUGACGUUACAGAAGGUGUGUUUGAAGAUGAAUUAAAAGAUGAUGAGAAACGAUUAAAACCGCAUUCAAUAAUUGAAUUACCUGUUGAAACAAUAGAAGAACAACAAUUUUCAGAUGAUGACUCAGAUGAACAAACUCUAAGUGAUAGUUAUACAAAAGUAUUGACAAUUGAAGAAGAAAAGGAGGAGGAGGAGUUUUGUGAGGAAGUGACUGUGGAGUGGAAAUACGUGGGUGGUCGCCAAAUACCGGUUCACAAUUUACCCAAGACUUGGAAUGAAAAACAUCGUUCCAAGAAGGUCGAAGUGACUAGUUGUUCUAUUACCUUACGCAUUUACCCUGGUCUUAAGCAAAAAACUUUAGAUAAUUCCUCUAGUUAUCAUAAAUGGACUCAUAAAGUCUCGACGUUCGAACCAACUUCACCUCUAAAUCAAAUACAACACUGUAUUAAUAUUCCGAAUAGUUAUCAUUUGACUCCAUCCAGCAACUUGGCCACAUCGGGAGAUGCAAUUAUUUCACAACUUCUCUCAAUAUUCUAUAGGGUUGCAAAAUUAGCAUUCGAUCAUCAAUUAAUUGACGAGUGCCGUGGAAUUUUAGACGAAUCUCUCCUUCUUUUGGGCGAGCAGGAAGAAAAAGAACAAGAUAGUCGGUUAUUUGGAUCAAUUGUUGAAUUAUUAGCUAGAAUAGAGUGCUCUUUUGGGGAAUUUGAGAAAUGCGUUAGACUAUUUGAAGAGGCUAUUGAAGUUCGUGAGCACUUGAAUGUUCCAGAAGUUCAAAUUCAAAUUCUUCAGUGUUACGUAUUUCUGGGGGAUGCAUAUUUGUCAUACUACACUAAAGAUGGCGCCUUUUUUAGCCAUCUUUUACUUAUUGUAAAGAGACAUCUAGAAAAUGAAGAGGACGAUGACGAUGACGAAACUGAUUAUAGUGAGGACUAUAGCGUUAGUGUAUGGGAAGCAAUCAAAUAUUACAAAAAGGCGUUAUAUGCUGCUCAUCAUCUGAAAAAGAAGCAUGAAAAUAAACAACAAAUAAUCUCAUCUAUAGUCAUUCAACUGAACACGAAACUGGCUGAUUGUUAUAUUUUAAUAAGAGAUUUUGAUACGGCUGUUGAAAAUUACGAGUACGUUCUCUGCUUGUUAAGAAAUGCCAAUGCUUCAACAACGCUUAGGGCAAAUGCUCAUGUAUUAAGUUUAUUGGCCACAACGACAUUCCUUAUUGGUAAUCACGCUAAAGCAGCCAGCAUCUUCGAAUGCGCUGCGAUUUUACAACAGCAUUUAUCUACUUCGGCAAGCUUUUCGCACGUAUUCAUGCUGACACUUUUAGGAGUGUGCCGUUCACUCUGUAGUCAACACCAUAAAGCGAUCUCAGCUUGUUUAAAAGCAUUUGAACGUUUCUCUCAGCUAUAUACACAGGUCAUAACAAAUUAUGGUCAAUUUUGGUUUAUUGUUCAUUUAUUAUACAUUCUUGGCGAUUCGUAUUGUAAAGUUGCUUUAUAUGAUAAAGCUUUGUUCUAUCUACAUUUAUCUAAGCGUUUAUUGACUACUGGACAAUUUGUUUGCAAGAAACAAUUAAUUAAAUCUGUUAAGAGGAUGGGAGACGUUUACUCCGAAAUGAACGAUAUAGUAUCUGCUACGAAAUUUUACGAUGAAGCAAUAUCUAUAAGCGAUAAUAGCUUGAUUUGUGAUGGUGAUUUAGCAACAACUACGGCUAAUAUGCAUGUCGACGCAAAGCAGUACGCUCAAGCUGGCGUCUAUUAUGAAAAGGCAAGAGACCAACAGAAAAAUAUGCAAGACUCCAUGAAGAUCGAUUAUUCUAAUAUACAAAUGCAACUUGCUAACACUUGCAUAGUGGCUGGUGAUUUUUUAAAAGCGAUCGAAUGUUACGAAGAAGCCAUUGAGACUAUGGAAGAACUUGUAAAGAGACCAAAGCAAACAAUUUCACAUGCACUUUAUAUGUUAGCUUUACUUAAGAGUGACUAUAUAAUUAAAAACAAUCUUUUUGAACGUUCAAUCGCUGAAUAUCCGACCAAUGCUGGAAGAAUAUUCUAUGCCUAUUUUCUACUUAAAGCUGAUCGUUAUGCUGAAUGUUCCAACCAACUAUUAGAUUACCGUUGGAAUAGUGAGUCUACUCUUGAGAUUACGAAAGUUUCUCAGAAUGUUUUAAGGCCUUACUUUGAGUUGGAAAUUGAAGAUUCUGCUGAGUUUCUGAUACAUCUGAACUGUCUUGCUGCUGUCGCAUCCAUUAUUUCCUAUUCUAAAUUAAAUUUAUCUGAUUACGUAACGGAGAUAUUGUUGGAUCUUGUGAGAAAACGGUGCAAUUCAGUAUGGUGCUCUGUUUGUUUAAUGCACGCUUUUUUUUAUUCGAAACUUUACAAGGAAUGCCUUGAAGUUUUUCAAAAUCUUCUACUUGAUGGAAUUCCAGAGGAAGUUAACAUUUCCGUUUGUAGUUUAGCUUGCAUGGCCUAUAUCCUUGACUAUUCUUAUUGGUUAGUUACCGUUCUCAAAAAUAUUCAAAAAUUUAACCGUAAACAAGCCAAAGAAAGAACUUUGAUAGAGCAUGAUUGGAUGGAAACUUCUAAACCAGAGCUCGAAGAGGAAAGUGAUAGUGAGGAAGAGUGGAGGGUACUUGAGGAGGUGGAAGAAAAUACUCCGGAUAUUAUUCUCAGCUCGAUAGAUAAGACGUCAGAUUAUAUUAAUGCUAACGGCGUCACAGAAGACCUAGUAAAUGGGAAUGAGGAAGUUUGGAUUGAAGAAACCGUAGAGACGCCGAGCGUUAUUUUGGAAAUGUUAAAGUGCAAUUCAACCUCAUCUAAGUUUUAUUCUCUCCUAACUUAA